AAGAAAGUGGGGGGUCAAAAUUGUUAUUAUUUUUCGCUCUCUGAUGAUGAAGUAGCAGUGGUAGUGAAAAACCAAGCAAAACCCCCCAAUCCCCAAUGUUCAGACUCUUCACCUAUUCCUAGCUCCUUCUUCUUCACCUUUUGGUUUUCUGAAACCGAAAAACGAAAAAAAAAAAAAAAAAAAAAAAAACCCACCAACAACAAAUCCAAAAUAACAAAACCCAGAUUGAAAAUACCUGAAAUCCAUAUCCUAAAAUUCCAGAAUUAAGAGAGGAAAAAGAAAAGAAAAAAAUGAAAAGAGAGCAUCAUAAUCAUCUUCUAUAUCACCAUCAUCAUCAAAAUCUUAAUCCUCCCCUGUCAGAUACUUCUAUGGGUACGAGUCCAAGUGGUGGAGGAUACGAUUAUACCACCGGAGUUGCAGCCGGAAAAGCUUGCAAGAUGUGGGAAGAGGAGCAAGAUGGUGGCAUGGAUGAGCUUUUGGCUGUUUUGGGUUACAAAGUGAAGUCGUCGGACAUGGUUGAGGUAGCUCAGAAGCUCGAACAGCUUGAAGAAGUUAUGGGUAGUAGUGGUGAUGGUCUUUCUCAUCUUGCAAACGAAACCGUUCAUUAUAACCCUUCCGAUCUAUCCACGUGGUUGGAGAGCAUGCUCACGGAGCUGAAUCCACCUCCCAAUUUCGACUCGGUAAUGGCAGUGCCACCCCUACAACCACAGUUGCAACCACCACCACCUCAGCCGCCGCUCGACGAUUCGUCGUUCUUGGCUCCUGCAGAGUCGUCCACCAUCACCUCCAUUGAUUUCCCAGAUCGGAAUCAGAGAAACCAGAGCAGCAGUACUUGUGUUUUCGAAGAUGCUUCCUCUUCCGAUUACGAUCUCAAAGCUAUUCCCGGAAAAGCCAUUUACGGUCAAAAAACCACCACCGCCACACAGCUCGAUUCCUCGUCUUCUUCUUCCAGAGAAACCAAGCGCCUCAAAACCUCAUCAGGUUCGACCUCAUCGGAACUCUUCGCCACCACCACGUCAUCUUCGAUUGCCGCACCGCCGCCAUCGCUGCCGCCAACUUAUAACAACAACAGCACCACCGUCAACGGCGACUCUCCAUCGACUCGCCCGGUUGUCCUGGUCGACUCACAGGAAAACGGAGUACGACUCGUCCACGCACUGAUGGCCUGCGCGGAAGCCGUUCAGCAGAACAAUCUCAACAUUGCAGAAGCGCUGGUGAAACAGAUCGGCUACUUGGCGAUGUCUCAGGCGGGUGCUAUGCGUAAAGUGGCGAUGUAUUUUGCCGAAGCUUUGGCUCGGAGAAUCUACAGGAUUUAUCCCGAAAACCCUCUCGACCAUUCCUUCUCAGAUAUCCUUCAGAUGCAUUUCUACGAAACCUGUCCUUACCUCAAAUUCGCUCAUUUCACCGCCAACCAAGCCAUUCUCGAAGCUUUCCAAGGCAAAAGCCGAGUACACGUUAUCGAUUUCUCCAUGAACCAAGGUAUGCAGUGGCCGGCUCUUAUGCAAGCUCUGGCUCUCCGUCCCGGCGGUCCACCGGCUUUCCGGUUAACCGGAAUCGGACCUCCUGCUCCGGACAACUCCGAUCACCUUCAAGAAGUGGGUUGGAAGCUCGCCCAAUUGGCCGAAAGCAUUCACGUCGCUUUCGAAUACAGAGGCUUCGUCGCCAACAGCUUAGCUGAUCUCGACGCUUCCAUGCUCGAACUCAGACCGAGUGAGGUUGAGUCGGUGGCUGUCAACUCGGUCUUCGAGUUGCAUAAGCUCUUGGCUCGACCCGGAGCGAUCGAGAAGGUCUUAUCGGUCGUUAGGCAGAUUAAGCCUGAGAUCGUGACCAUGGUAGAACAAGAAGCGAACCAUAACGGACCUGUUUUUUUGGACCGGUUCAACGAGUCGCUGCACUAUUACUCGUCCCUGUUCGACUCAUUGGAAGGCUCGGUGAGCAACCAGGACAAGGUCAUGUCGGAGGUGUAUUUGGGUAAGCAAAUUUUGAACAUCGUGGCCUGCGAAGGACUUGAACGAGUGGAGCGACAUGAAAAGCUGAAUCAGUGGCGGAAUCGGUUGGGAUCGGCCGGGUUUUCGUCGGUGAGUCUCGGGUCCAACGCGUACAAGCAAGCGAGCAUGUUGCUGGCGCUGUUCGCCAGCGGUGAUGGGUACAGGGUGGAAGAGAACAAUGGGUGUCUGAUGCUGAGUUGGCAUACUCGUCCUCUCAUUGCCACUUCGGCUUGGCAACUCGCCGCCAAACCAGUUACAACUCACUGAGUCGAAAAAGCUCACGAGUCGGGUCAACCCGUUCCCCCCCCCCUCUCUCUCUCUCUCUCUCUCUAUACCCAUUUUCAAUUUUUCUAACCCUGCGGUGGUGGGGUUGUUAAUGUGCUUAGGUGAGCUGGGUUUCUUACUCGGUUUUCAGACCCACAAUGACCCACCAUUUUUCUAUUGUGUCUCAAAAUUUCUACCUUUUCUUUGCCCUUUUCUCUUUUGUUUCUAAUUUUAUUUUAUUUUUAGUUAUUUUUCUUUAGGUUUUUUCUGUUUUUGGGUUGGAAUCUUUUGUAAUUUCCGGGUGGAAAAAAAAGAAAAAAAAAAAAAAGCUCAAUGUGCAUUGAUGUCUAUAAAUUAUAUAUCUUUUUUAGGUAAUAAAAAAAAAUUAGAACUUUUUCCAAGAUUGGUUUGGUGAUUAAGUAAAAGUGGGAAGUAGCAAAAUGGCUUUAGUCAUAUUUGUAAUGAUGAUGGGAGUGAGUUGGCAAAGUAGAAAAUUUGGGAUUGAAAAACCUAUUUUACCAAUCUGAAAAUCUAGUCUUGGUUCAGGAGGACCUGAAAUUUUGCUAAAAAUGCGAAUAUGCUUUUACUACAAACAAUAAAAUACAUGGAAAAGAAAAGAAAAAAAAAACAAUAAAGGAUGUAACAUAUAUAUAUAUAUAAAUAUAUAUUGAAGCAUCAACUCAAAAUUCAUUGAUGAGAAGUAAUUGCAUUUCCAAUUUCCAGAAAACUAAUAAUAGAGAUUACAGAAUCCUCUUUUAUGUCAGGGAGGCACAAUCAUAAGAAAGUGAAAAAGCCUUCACUCAUGUCAAAUUCUUUAUUGUGAUAUACCCUCAACUUUCCUGGAACAAGCUUUCGCUUUUAUUUAUUAUUAUUUUUACCACUUCUUUAUUAUGAUGGUCAUGUUCAUGUACAUUACUUUUUCUCUGACUCUUUCUCUAGCUCUGGAUUGUUAUAUGUAUGUAUAUAUAUUUUUUUAACCAAAGCUGUUCUUUUACUUUCUUGUUUUUCGUUCUCCAGUUCAUUCCACGAAAUGUUGUACAGUAAGAAUUUUUCACACACACACACACACACACGCGCACGCACAAAAAAUCUAAAAUUGUUAUGCAUUUAAUGAUUUUACAAGGUGUCAAAAAAUUUUGUGAGCGUAUAAAAUUUCGCCCCCAAAUUGAAGACCCAAUUGGUUAAUAACAAUAAAAUUUUAUAACAGGUUAAUUUUAUGUAUUCAAUGACCAUUGAAGAUUGAGUUUCUUGUUUUUUUUUUUUGGGCUUAUCUCUGAUAUGUCGAAUUGUAGACCCAUCCGAAUAAACCAUAUAAUUUAUAUACAUCUAUGUUGCUAAUUCAAAUCUUCAAAUUUAUUAAUGAGCGAUUAAAAGUAUAUACCAAAAUAAAAUUGAUAGUAAUUUAAAAUUUUAAAGUAAACCCAUGAAAAAGGAGGUUUUGACACUUAUGGUCAAAAUGAAGUGUUUUUCUUUUUCUUUUUUUGGGCCAUAGAAAUUAAAAAAGCUAAUAAAUUUGUGAUUUGUAGGUGAGUGCAAGGUAAGAAUCCAUGAUUUUAAUGGCAUUUAAUUAUAUGUUGUGGAGCACGAUUUAAAUGCUAGGUUCAUUUAUUGUUAUAGCUAGUAGCUCGGGUAAAUUAAGCAACAAACUGAGUCUAACAUGCACGAUGUCAUCAUCGCUAUCUGAUAAAUAGGUAUAGAUCCAUGCAAACUGUAUUUAAUACGCCGCAUUUGCGCAUUAAUCAGCAUUAUUAUUGAUCAAUUUAUCAGAAUUCUUUCUUAAUAGGGCCAGGUACUUAAAAAUAUAUAAUCAACAGCAAGUUUUUUUUGGAAGGUACGAAUCAAUAAAUAAAUAUACAUAUGUGUAUACAUAUAUAUAUAUAUAUAUAUAUGUGUGUGUGUGUGUGUGUGUGUGUAAAUAAGGUGGUGGCCACCUACAUUAUGUUCAUAAUUCAAUUAUUGCAAGAUUUAGUUUUUUUUUUUAUUAUUUUUUAUAUAAAUUGGAACAUAAUGCAGCAUGAUAAUUGAGGUGGAUGCUUUAGGUAUUGCCCAAUCAUCUAGACCUCAUGCAAAGUAGACUAAACAAAGACAUAUAAUCUUGGCAAUUAGUCGACCUUGUUUAAUACAUAAUAGAAGAGUAGCAUGGAAUUAUCAUUUAAUUGAAGAGUGAGAAAAAAAAAAAAAAAGCAUCAUGUUAAUCUUUAAGCAUUGGACUAGCUACCUCAUCAAAACUAAUGCUCAACUACACAUAUAUAAGUUGAAGCAUUGGAUUAUGAAAAAUAAUGCAUGUUACACUAUGUUUUAUGCACCAACAAAAUUAAGACCAUGGAAUUCUUUAAUACCCACUUGCUCCUACCUUGGAACAAGUCUGAAAAAUUAUUGCCUGACCCACCGCUCCCAUUCUCACUAGUCGAACUUGGAUAUCCACAUCACAAGCCACCCAAUUCAAUCCCCACAAAACCAAAUUCUUACAUUACCUUUUUUUCCCUCCUCUAUCAUCCCCUGAAAAAAAAAAGG